AUGUGUAAUGUUCAGAGAGAAGUGAUGUAUGUAGCCCUGAGCCCAGAGAACUCUGAAAUGAUAAACGGCUUACUUGUCAAACUGCAGAGUGAUGUUGCUCGACUGAUGGAGAAAAAUUCUGAAAUGACAAACGACUCACUUGCUGAGCUGAUGGAUGAGGUUUCUCAUCUGAGAAAGGGUAUUAUGCCUAUCCAGUUAUUAAACAAAUGGCGACCCUUCAAAGAAAAUGAGUAUUAUUUUACAUCAAUUCGAUGCCCUUGGAGCGAUGCGGAGAAACUCUGUGAGAGAAAGAACUCCAAACUCGUGGUCAUUAACAGUCAAGAAGAGCAGGAAUAUAUCAGGAUGAAUGCAAAUUGUGACCGUUGGAUUGGACUCCAUGACAGAGCCAAAAACGGGACUUGGCGUUGGGUAGAUGGCACUGAUUAUGCAUCCAAUGUCAAAUUCUGGGCAAACGGUGAACCCAAUGGUACUGGAGGAGUAGAUGAAGAUUGUGCCUUGGUCGGCGAAAACGGAUUGUGGCACGCUCGGCCAUGCAAAACUUGGCUUUUCCUUAUCUGUGAGAAACGAGCAGACUAA